AAACUUCCCCAUAGGUCUUCUCCAUCCAACUACACAGCUCAUAACCAUCCACAGUAAUCUUGAAGAGAAUUAAAAAACCGAUUGUGUAAAGCAUCGUCCAUUGAGAUAGUUUUCCCUCGUUAUCUAGCACUGGGUCCAGAACCAGCCCUGGCCGGGUUUAACGCACAGAUGCUUGAACUCCUCCGUGUUGCACUGGUGGCAGAAGUCCCCAUCGUAGCGAUCGCAGCCGCAGAGAUGUCCGUUCAGCUGCUUGCAGAUACUGGCGGUGAACGAGGUGUUGUUUCCGGCGUAGACGGGGUUGCGGUUCUGGCAGCGGAAUGCGCCGAUGUUGCAGGUGGAGGAGGCGAGGGCGGUGGUGGCCACGAGGAGGAUCGAGAUGACUUUCAUCUUGCUGUUUGCUUCUUUCAAUGUACGACCGAGGUUGUUGUUUGUUUGGAGGAUAUUGAGGACAAAAACGGACUGGUGGGAGGAAGUCCCUGGUAGGGGCACGUAGCAGAAGGAAGGGUUAGAGGUGGGUGUAAGAGGAUUCGAGCGACUCCCC